AUGUCUGUGGUCGGCAGGGUGGCGAUCGUUACUGGCGGAGGUCUAGGGCUUGGUCGACUUUAUGCGUUGGCUCUCGCUCAAAGAGGGGCCAGAGUCUUGGUGAAUGACUACGGCGGCAACUUGGAAGGACAGUCAGGGACCAUUGCGGUUGCACAAGCUGUUGUCGAUGAAAUCACGGCCAAAGGAGGAAUUGCAGUAGCUCAUGGGGGCGAUGUGUCCAAAGACUACAAGGACAUCGUGGAUACGGCAGUAAAGCAUUUCGGGACAGUCGAUAUCCUAGUCAACAACGCAGGAAUUCUGGGUAAAAUGUCCCCUCACAACGACGUGGAUCCCUCUGCCUUCAUGCGCGUCCUAGAAAUUUCGGUCCUCGGAGCGGCAAUGCUCACCAGCGCAGUAUAUCCGAUCAUGGCGAAACAGAAGUUUGGGCGCAUUAUCAACUCCUCAUCGAACGCAAUGUAUGGGCUGGGGUCAGGUGGCGAUUGCGCGUAUGCAGCGUCCAAGGCGGCAGUAUUUGCCAUGACUAGACAGCUUGGACGAUGGUCCGAACGAGACGGCAUCAAGAUCAAUUGCACCAUGCCAUCAGGGGCAUCGAGAAUGGGUGAUCUUUCAGAAGGCACCAAGUUUGUCACUCACACUUAUUUUCCAACGGAGGGCUGUGUGCCAUUCACUAUUGCUCUCUGUGCCGAAGAGUGUCCGUGCUCUGGUGAGGUUUUCACCGUGGGGGCCAACCGGGCUGCACGGGAGACACUGGCUUCGUUUCCGGGUCUGAAGGCUCAAACGCCUGAGAGUUUCUUAAAUGACUGGGAGAAGAUUAUGGGUGUCAAUGACAGUCCAUUUCUAGCUGAGAGUACCCUCCACCAAGUCCAAUACGUUAUACGACAAGCGUAUGGCACUGAAAUGAAAGACAUUCCAGACUUUGGUCCCUCUGGCGAGAAACCACGCGCAAAGCUGUAA